GUUAAGUACAACGUAAACAAAUAAACAAAAACAAUCAUGAUGUCCAUACAGGCCUACAGUGGUAGUAGCAGCAGCGGCGACGAAGAAACCCCUGCGGCGCCCCCUCCUGUAAGUUUUUCCGCAAAAACCCUACAAAUAUGCGCGGCCCCCACAGUCCUACCCCCCGCCAUUGACGAAGACAAAAUCCACAUCCAUCCCGAUACUGUAGAGCUUCAAUACAACCCCAAAUACGAAGAGUUAUUUGCUCCAACUGUGGGGCCCACAAACCCCUUCAAACCCAAACAUCAAGAAAUCGAAAAAAACACGCUUUCCGGCCACGUAGAACCGGCCCAUGUAAGCGAAUUCCAAUUCGAAAACCAACGCCGCACCUUUGCAAGUUACGGCUACGCUUUAGACCCCUCUAUAAGCGCACACGAACAAGGCCUCACUAAAGUAAUUGGCGACUCAGAAGAAGCCACCGAUUCACUCAAAACCGUAUUUGAAAAGACCCAACUCAGACCCUUGGACAAAAGGAAGCGCAAAAAAAACGACAAACCGGACGAUAUUGAAGGGUUUUUAGGCCCCUGGGGCGGAUUCGAAGACGAACAAAAAAUCGCAAGGCCUACAGAAGAAGAACAGGCCGAAUUGCAAGAACUUGUAAGCAAAAGAACCAAAAAAGGCAAAGAACCUGAAGAAAAACACACAGAAGAAAAAUCAGUGUUGCACAUCAAAGAUGCCAUUGAUUAUCAAGGCAGAUCCUUCUUGCACGCCCCCCACGAUGUCGGAGUUAACCUCAAAUCUGACAUGCCUCCUGAUAAAUGCUUCUUACCUAAAUCCCACAUCCACUCCUGGACCGGACACACUAAAGGCGUCUCAGCUAUUAGAUGGUUCCCCAAAACUGCCCAUCUCUUUUUAUCAAGUGGCAUGGAUUGCAAAAUCAAAAUUUGGGAAGUAUACAAGGAACGCAGAUGUGUACGCACCUAUUAUGGACAUAGACAAGCUGUCAGGGAUAUUAAUUUCAAUAAUAAUGGCAAUCAGUUUUUGUCUGCUGGCUAUGACAGGUAUAUUAAGCUGUGGGACACUGAAACUGGCCGGGUUGUUUCAAGAUUUACAAGCAGAAAAAUACCUUAUUGUGUCAAGUUUAAUCCUGAUUACAAUAAGCAACAUUUGUUUGUUGCUGGGACUUCGGAUAAAAAAAUUAUUUGUUGGGAUACUAGAUCAGGAGACAUUGUACAAGAAUAUGACAGACAUUUAGGGGCUGUCAACACAAUAACCUUUGUAGACGAGCAUAGGCGUUUUGUGACUACAUCGGAUGAUAAAUCAUUGAGAGUCUGGGAAUGGGACAUUCCAGUCGACAUGAAAUACAUUGCAGAUCCUACAAUGCAUAGUAUGCCAGCAGUUACUCCCGCCCCAAACGGCAAAUGGCUGGCCUGUCAAAGCAUGGACAACAAAAUCGUCAUAUUUUCCGCUCUGAACCGGUUCAAGUUGAACCGCAAGAAAACCUUUACCGGACACAUGGUGGCCGGGUACGCGUGCCAGCUGGACUUUUCCCCGGACAUGUCUUAUUUGGUAUCUGGGGAUGCUGAUGGCAAGUGUUACAUUUGGGACUGGAAGACUACCAAGUUGUAUAAGAAGUGGAAGGCGCACGAUAAUGUGUGUAUCAGUUGCUUGUGGCACCCCCACGAACCCAGCAAAAUGAUCACUGCAGGCUGGGACGGCCUUAUUAAAUACUGGGAUUGAUUAGUUUGUAAUUUGAUUUUAAUAAAUGGUUAAUUGGUA